UGAAACCUUCUGAGCCCAUAACUGACAUCACAGAGCCGACGUCGUCUCACUGACAAUUUUAAUUUUAAAUUUUCUGUCGGUUUUUCUCCAAAAAAUGACCGCGCCGAUGGAAAGGAUCCAGGUCCUGGAUUCUAUAGAAAAGGAUAUCGUUACUUGCUUGCAGAGCGCAGGAACAGCUUUACUUGAGCUUAGCAAAGAGAAGUCGAGUUUAAAACAGGCCGAGAGCCAGACGCAUCAUUUUAUCAAGACUUUAGGACAAGUUGAGUCAAAAUUAACCGAGCAGAUCAACUACCUGACACAAGUGUCAACUGGCCAACCCCAUGAAAGUAGCGGUUAUGCGUCUCAGAAGAUCCUUCAGAUGGCCUGGCACAGGCUGGAGCACGCUAAAAGACGAGUUAAUGAACUAGAAAGGCUCAAGAUAUCUCAUCUGUCGGGGCGUAGUUCAAACCGCAAUGCUCAAGGGCCAAUGAACAACCAACAGUCGACUGGAUGAUAAAAACUUUUCUUCUUUUUUUUUUAACCUGUAAAUAAACUG